GUGUUGACCUGAUUUUUCUUGCGUCGGUCAGUUAUUUUGUUAGUAUAAUUUGUUUUAUUCUGCAGUUAAAAGCAACAGACAAUGAACCGAUACCUGUGGUUUCUGACUUCAUUCUACAAUGCUGGCGAUACACUGAUUUAAACAAUAUUUAUUUAAGGAGAGUUAAUCAUACAUACAGAAAUAUAACAGAUUCUGAUAUCACAAGACAAGACAAGACAAGACGAGACAAAUCAAGACAAGCUUUAAUCAGUAUUAAGGCCACUGGCCCAAAAUACAAGGAACAAUAAAUACUGUGUUGCAUGAGUGUGGUUAGCCAUAGCAUAUACACUGGUCUACACCCGUUAACGUUGCUGACUGAAAAUGUCGUUGACUGAAGUCGUCUAGCAUACAACAUAUAAGCAGAUAUCUACAACUGCAUGUGUGUUAAAAUAGCUGACGGAAGACGUCUAGUCAUAUCGCAGCAAUACAGCAUAUACGCAAAUAUCUACGAAUGGACGUUGGUUCAAAUUGUUGAAUGAAGACAUCUAGCAAUAAUAUCAUCGCAGCACUACAACAUAAAAGCAAGUAAUCGCAACAGUACUGGGAAUACAGCAUAUUUAAGUCAAUAUCUACAAUAGUACUGGAAAUGUGUUAAGAUAGUUGGCGUCUAGCGAUCAUAGCAAUAUAGCAUAUAAGCAAAUGCCUACAAAUGGAUGUGUGUUCAAAUCGUUGACUGAAGAAGUUUAGCAAAAAUAUUAUUGCAGCGAUACAACAUAUAAGCAAAUAUCUACUACUGAAGGUGUGUUCUGGCAGUGGUAUUAUUGCAGCAAUAGAACAUAUAAGCAAAACUCUACGACUAAAAAUGUGUUAAAAUCGUUGACGUCUAGUGUUGAUAUUAUUGCUGCAAUACAACACAUCCACAACAGUACUGGAACUGUGUUAAAAUAGUUGACGUCUAGCAGUGAUAUUAUCGCAGCAAUACAACACAUAAGCAGAGAUCAAAGACUGAAAGUGUGUUAAAAUCUUUGACGUCUAGCGGUGAUAUUAUUGCAGCAAUACAACAAUAAGCAAAUAUCUAUGACUGAAGACGUGUUAAAAUUGUUGACGUUAAGUCUUGAUAUUAUCGCAGCAAUACAACACAUAAGCAAAGAUCUACAACAGUACUGGAACUGUGUUAAGAUAGUUGACGCCUAGCGGUGAUAUUAUCACAGCAAUACAACACAAGCAAAGAUCUAUGACUGAAGGUGUCUGUUCAAAUCGUCGACCGAAGACGUCCACUAGGAGAGCAACAUGCCAUCCACUGACGACACACGUGCAGUGCGAGGUGUGUAGCAAGCAUAUCGUAUCCAAUUACCUACAGAGACACAUGGUCGUCCACACCGGGGAAAGAGCCUUCAGAUGUGGAAUCUGUCUGAAGGACUACGCGUCCCAGGCCAACGUCAAUCGCCACAUGUCGAUCCACAUUCGUAACAAGACUGACGCAUGCGAUGUGGGUAACAAAUCCUUCGUGGCUUUUUCUAGUCUGAAAGCACAUUCGGUGGUACACGCAGGUGAAACCCCAAUUCAGUGCGAUGUGUGCAAGAAAUGUUUCGCUCACAAGAGUCAGUUGAAGGUCCAUGUUCUGACUCACACUGAUCGAAAACCGUCAGAAUGCGUCCACUAUGGGAAACGCUUCACCCGGAGUUGCUACCUGAAGCAUCAUGUGAAGAAGUCACAUGACGGCGUUAAGUCCUUCAUAUGUGAUGUGUGUUCGAGGUGCUUCACAGAGAAAUCCAAUUUGAAAGUUCACAUGUUACUUCAUACAGGCGAUAAAGAUUUCGCGUGCGAGGUCUGUGAAAGAUCUUUCAGACAUCAGACCAGUUUGAAAAACCACAUGUUCAUUCAUACGGGCGAAAAACGUUGGAGUUGUGUUGUGUGCGCGAAAUCGUUUAGACACGCGACCAGCUUAAACAAUCAUGCGUUGACUCAUGCCGAUGUGAAAUGUUGGGAAUGCAAGGUCUGUGAAAGAUCUUUCCGACAUCAGACCAGCUUGAAAAAUCACAUGUUGAUUCAUGGAGAGGAAUAUUUUUCUAAAUGUCAGGUGUGCAACAAACGUUUCAAACGUGCAAGCAGUUUACGUAAUCACAUGUUGCUUCAUUCUGAUGAGAAAUGUUGGAAAUGUGAUGUGUGUCAUAAGCGUUUUAGACACAUGACCAGCAUCAAACAGCACAUGUUGAUUCACACUGGUGAGAAACCUUUCGAAUGUGAGGUGUGCAGAAAACGCUUUAGACACAUGACCAGUUUGAAUUGUCACAUGUUUAUUCAUACUGGUGAAAAGAAAUUCAAAUGCGAAGUGUGCAAGAAACGUUUCUCACUGAAACAUAACUUAGAAGACCAUAUAUCGAUUCAUACUGGGGGAAAAAACACUUUUAAAAAUCAUUUGAGAUGUCACAAAAGUUGAAAAACUUAAAGGGAUUGUCCUGAGUCUGCAACCAUUAUAAGAUGUUUGCGAUAACAGAGCCUUGUUGGCGACUACUAUUUCAUACUAAAUACAUUUGCUUUUUUAGAAUACCAGUGUCUGUACAUCGAAUAUGUUUGCAGUCGUAUACUAAUGAUUGUAUCACUCAGUUUUUACUUUUAAUUCGUGAUAUAUAUUUUUUCACCGUGUAUCCUCUGAUGAUUACAAGUCAGAAUUACCAAAUGUUUGACAUCCAAUAGCUGAUGAUUAAUUAAUCAAUGUGCUCUGGUGGUGUUCUUAAUUUUAACUUGUAACACAUUUUGAUAAAUUUAAGAUAGUUUUUUAACAAGACUUUGUACAUUGAAACGGGGAAAUACCCUUGAAAAAUAGCCGUAUGUCUCCAUAAACGUUUUUAAAAAUAUAUAUAUGAACAAUACAUUUUGUGGUAUUGGUGACCAGAAACACUUCGGAUAUAUGGGAAUAAAUAAGCUAAACAAUACAAUCUAAAUAAUGUCAGAUUUUAUUUCUCAAAAGCGAC